AUGAAGACGGACGACUUCCUUCAGAUGAUUUACAGUCGUCUCAUGUUUGAGUGUCUGUCUUUUGUGCUGCUGUUGAUUGCAGGUGAUGUUCUGUACGAGCUCCUGCAGCACAUUCUGAAGCAGAGGAAGCCUCAGUCGCUCUCAUCGCCGUUCUUUCCCAUCGGCUCCUUCCACACGCUGACCGACGCGCCGCUGCAGACGCACAAACUCGAAGAAACGGUACGCCGGCCGUCGCGCGCCACAGACACUCAUUCCCUGCAGCCGCCCACCAUCGAGCUGCGCCAUCGCUCACGGUCGCCUCAUCACCUGCCCGCAGCACUGCGCUCGGCCGAGGACCUCCAGCAGGCGUCCUCACAGCUGCCCGACAGCAACCACCAUCUGCUGGAGGACGUGUACCCGCUGUCUGUGUCUCCAGGCACGGCUAACGGCCACUGCAUGCUUCCCCGCGACCCCCCGCGGCCCGCCAGCCCGUGUCAGGAGGAGGCGGCUCCGCCACGCGUCAUCCAGCUCAUGCCCAGCGCCAUCAUGCACCCGCUGCUGAGUCCGGGCCGCGGGCACACGGCAGGCGAUUUCAGGCACGGCCGCGGCACGCCUCAGGAAAACGGCCGCGAGGGCAAAGGUCAACAGCACAACGCUGUUCACUACGCCUCGCACGGCCUAAACCUCGCGGCCCAUCAGCUCCCCCUGCAGGACGAGCGCCACUACCGCAACCACAUCAUCAUGCCCGAGGAGCAGGCCACGCCCCUGGGCCGCAUCGCAGACUGCAGGCUCCUGUGGGAUUACGUCUAUCAGCUGCUGUCGGACAGUCGCUACGAAAACUACAUCCGCUGGGAGGACCGCGAUACCAAAGUCUUCCGCAUCAUGGAUCCCAACGGCCUGGCCCGCCUGUGGGGGAACCAUAAGAACAGGACCAACAUGACGUAUGAGAAGAUGUCGCGGGCGCUGAGACACUACUACAAACUCAACAUCAUCAGGAAGGAGCCGGGACAGAGACUGCUGUUCAGCUUCUACACAAACCCUUUAUUCGUGUUUAAAACUCGUGUAGUGAAAAUGAGCGUGCAAGACCAGACGCGUCCGCAUGAUGGCGCCACACGCAAACAUUCAGCGGGACUGAUGAUAAAACACCCAAUAACACUCACAACUGCGCUGCUACCAUGA